AUGGCCACGAUGCAGAAGCAAGACUGGCACCACAAAGGCUCAUCAUGCUGCACGCCUUUUGGGACAUGCAACUCAAGUUGUCUCUCAUGGUGGUGUCCCUGUAUCCUCUACGGACGUACCCGUCACCGUAUGAGGACCAACGGCGACAUGAGCAAGUACUCCUGCUGUAACACCAGCUGCGCUACCUUUACUGGAAUGGCAUGUGUAGGUCUAUCGUGGAUCUUACCACUGAUCAACCGUGGCGAUAUGCGGGCGAAGUACAACUUGACCGGUAAUGGCUGCAAAGACUGUCUUUGCGCUUGCUGCUGCGCGCCUUGCGAUCUCAUGCAGCAGGACAAGGAAGUGCAACAUCGUGAAGAGCAAGGCAAGCCGCUGCUGAAUCAGCCUGGCAGGGCGGACUCGAUGAAAUAUGCGCCGCAGUGGCAACAACAGUAACCGCACUUUCAUCAUAGCUAAGGUGUCGAAAUCUGGUGGGCUCGGCUGGUGUAUCUAACUGUCGGGGUGGAUUGUGAGUGAUCCGUACGCAUGUGGGAAGAAUUGCAGGUUUGAACUGAGGUUGUAUUUCACUAUUCUGUGUGUUUGAAUAUGUUGUGGUCUCGGUU